AUGGCUUCCAACAAACAGCAUAUUAUAACAUUGCUUGUUUUGUUCUCGUUUAUUGUGGGUUUCUCUCAAAUAACUUCGGACGUGUUUGGGCCGGCAGCUUCAGGGGGUGUUGAAUCAUUCCCAUGCUUGAAGAACCUCGCUCCUUGUCAACCAUACUUGAAGGGCUCCUAUGUUGCACCGGCAAUAUGCUGUGAGCAAUUGAAGGUGACAAUCACCAAUGAUCUCAAGUGCCUCUGCGACAUAUUAGCCCAUAAUGACCUCUUGAAGACUUUCAACAUUACCCCGGUGGAGCUCAUGAAGCUUCCUAAGGAGUGCGGUAUUGAUAUUAAGCAGUCAGCAUGCAAAGUUGCACCCCCGCCUGGAUCUUCCACCAAUGGUUCUUUCUCACACAACUCUACACCUUCAAGCAGUCUAAAAAGUGCAGCCUAUGGGAUCACUUUGCAACCCAGGCUUGAUAGAUUAGAAUCUAGUCCCGGAGUGAAUGCCAUUUUGGUACAGAGUCAGAAAAGCGAGCUGUGGUGGUAG